UUUUAACUGCUUAUAUUUCACCGCUUUAUUUGCACUUGUACAAUCUUCUGUAAUGGGCAAGGCAAGGAAAACUAGGAAGUUCGCUGACCAAAAGCGGAUACUCUCAUUAAAUGAUUCCCGAAUAGCGAAAGAAACAAGACUUAAAAUCCAAAACAAAAAAAUUGCCAAAAAUCCUCAUGUAAAGUUUAGGAAUAAAAGAACGCUUAUUCCUUGCCUUAAAGAUUCAUACAAUACAUCUCUGGGUCCACCUUAUCAUAUCCUUCUUGACACUAAUUAUGUUAAUUUUUCAAUUAAAGCUAGGCUAGAUCUUUUUCAAUCUAUGAUGGACUGCCUUCUUGCAAAAUGCUUUCUAUACGUAACUGAUUGCGUUAUGGGUGAAAUAGAAAAGAUGUCUGAGCGCCACAGAGUUGCCUUACGUAUACUUCGGGACCCUCGAAUAGAACGUUUGACUUGCCAACAUAAGGGCAUUUAUGCCGACGAUUGUCUUGUUGAACGUGCUUCUUCGCGAUGUUACAUUGUUGCUACUUGUGAUAAGGACCUACGCAGAAGACUUCGUAAACUUACAGGUGUACCAAUCAUGUAUCUUUUGGGUCACAGAGUAACCAUAGAAAAACUUCCAAUGGCUCUAGGCGCGCCCAAAAUUUAA